AUGGGCUUUGUGCCCACUCAGGUUGAAGGCAAGAAGAAGCAGAGUGGAUCCAAGCAGAAGAAGAACAAGAAGAAGAAGAACCAAAAGAAAAAUGGCAAGGACCAGAAGAAGAGUCAGAAGAAGGAGAAUCAGAAGAAGGAUAAGUGUGGCAAAAAAGAAGAAGACAAGAAGUCACCACCAACACCUGAUGAGCCCAAGCCUGUACAUGAUGCGCCUCAUACUCCUGUGAAGAAAGCAAAAGCCGCUAAGGCAAAGGCAAAGGGAUCACCAAAGGCAAAGGCUAAGAGUUCUCCCAAGGCAAAAGCUAAGGGAUCUCCCAAGCCUAAGAGUGUGAUGAAAGCUGUGCUGAAGAAGCCUAGCGCCGCAAAGUUACCUAAGAAGCCUGCUGAGGAAGAAAAGGUUGACAAGGCUGAGGCUAAAGCAAAGUCAAAGAACAAGAAGAAGAGAAAGGCUGAAGCAGAGAAGAAGAAGAAAGAAGAAGCUGCAGAGAAGAAGAAGAAAGAAGAAGCAGCAGAGAAGAAGAAGAAAGAAGAAGAAGAUACUGUGCAGAAGAAGCCUGGAGAGAAAGAAGAGCCAGAGGAACCAGAAGAAGAAGCAUGCGGCUUUGAAGAUGAUCCAAGCGUUGACCCAGGAGCCACAGAGACUCGAGACCGAUGCAAAAUGCAGAAGUUCAACAAGAUGUAUCAAGCAGGCCAGCUCCUACCAUGGAUCAAAGAGGAAUGGGAGAAGACACUGACAAUGAAGAGUGGAAAGCGAGAGAGGCAGUCCCUCAUUGUCAACAGCCUUUUUGAUAGAAGUGAGGCAGGGAGAUUGGUGCUCAAUGCCAACAAGGCUGUAUUCCAAUCAAUGAAAGAAAGCUUUGAAGAAAAGACCAACAAGCAGUCCACCAAGUCAUUGAGCAAGCGAUUGUUUAUGGGACGCUUCAAUCUCACAGAGGCUGACCUGCUGGCAGGAGUGGCUGAGGGAGAAUUUCAAGAGAUCCAAACAGACCAUGGUCCACGCUACUUAUGGAUGGAAGAAACCCAGACCUGUAAGCAGGGAGAUAAAACCGCACUGGGUUGGAUUCAGCAAAAGGAGGGAGACCAGAAGCAAAUGGCCAAGAUGAACAAGAUGAUUGAAGCAAUGUCAGCAGGACAUUGGUCCCAGGGCUUUGCACUGCCUACCACCUCAGGUUCCAGUAGCUCUGCAGCACCGCCCUUGGCCAUUCAGGACAUGGAUGCUCCCCUUUCUCCUCAGCAGUGGAAAAUGGCCCAGACACAGUUGAUUCAGGCCAAGGAUGCCAUGUCGAAGCUUGAGAAGGAUGGUCUCAAGCAUUUGCAGGUCAUUGGGGACAACCGUGCUGACCCAGUCUUUGAAGUCCUGGCUGAGAUUUCACACGCAUACCGGUUCAAAGAGCUUGAGAAUGGUCAAGAGCUCACACUCAGCAAGCACAAUGCCCUGAUGGCAGAGUGUGGCAAGAAGGCUGAGAGCCUGGAUGACAUUCUGGCUGGCAUCAAGGGACAGUUGAAUGCUCGAGCCAACCGCGCUAAGAAGUGA